CAGUGGAACUUCUCCAUUACGGCUGUUCGGUUGAACAUCGCCUUUUCAUAUGAGCAGGGGAGUUACGCAUGUGGAGCAGAGUGUGGAGAAGAAGGAGCCGUUCAGCCCUCUGCUGUUGUGCGUAAAAGUGCAUUUACAGAAACAGACAUUAAUGCGCAUCGAAGUGGCACAUGCGCACGUUACGCACGUUACGAACCUUGGAUGCGUUCAUGAACGGGGGCAAAACGACGCGCGCUCGCGUUGAUUGACAGCUGACACACGGAAGCACAUACGCGCACGCGGAGUGAAACAUUUCCCCGCGUGUUUUCUACAGACUCCGCAGUGUGUGUGUGUGUGUGUGUGUGUGUGUGUGUGUGACAGCAGUCGUUCCACACACCACACCGUCCUGCGAGUCACCGCGUGUCCUUUGACCCCGGUCGCUUCUAAAAUAAGAGGGACGACCUUGCGGAGACUUGAGACACAGUUGCAGUUGUUGACUGCGCCGGUUUUGGCCGUCGGUCAAAAAAAAAGAAAGAAAAGGAAAGAGGAAAAAAAGUAGGCUUCGCACUUCUCAAAGUAUUCCAGGAGGAGAUGUGAUGUUUGCCACACCGGCAGCUCUCAGGCACAUCCCGGACUAAGAGUUGUCAUCUCCUUUGAAAGUUUCUCUUCAGAGACGGAAACUUCGACUGCCAUCACUCAGGUCGCUCGUCUUAUGGGUGCUCUGUGCCUUCCAAAUUCCGAGUGACGCCAGCCGAUCCAACUCGUUUUCCUGAUCUCGACUGUCUGCCGUGACCAGUGGAGGGGGAAUGAGGUUGGCGGGGAGCCUGCAGCUCGCGCUGCUUUUGGCCUUGAGCUGCGGAGCGGCGGGCCUCAGCAUCCCUCUGGAGGUGGAGCAGCCUCCGACCAUAAUAACUCACACAUCAGGACCCGUCAUUGCCCUUCCCUUUGACAACUCAGUCACUAUCGGGUGUGAGGCCAGGGGCAACCCACCACCAGAAUACAGAUGGACCAAAGAUGGCAUGGACUUUACCCCUCCACACAUCACGGCGGACAAAACACACCACACAGGUGGAACUUUUGUGCUUCACAACAAGCACCUUUUCCAGUUCCAGGGUAAAUACAGAUGCUUUGCCUUUAACAAGCUGGGAACUGCUAUGACGGAGGAGAUUGAACUGAUGGUUCCCGGUGUCCCUAAAUUUCCGAAGGAGGACAUUGAACCGGUUGUUGUCAAGGAGGGAGAGCCCAUCGUCCUGAAGUGUGACCCUCCGGAGGGCGUGGGCACUCGGCAGAUCUACUGGAUGUCCAUCGGUCUCCAACACAUUGAUCAGGAUGACAGGGUUUCCAUGGACCUCGAUGGCAACCUGUACUUCUCGAAUGCCCUGCAGAAGGACAGUCGUCGGGAUUACUGUUGCUUUGUCUCCUUCUCCAAAAUACGCGCCAUUGUCCAGAAGACCGCCAUGGCCGUCGUGGUCAAGAGCUUGAAACCUGACAAUGAGUCUGCCGACGGCAGCGAUGCCACGGAAGCCCCCCCGGCGAGGAUCCCCGGCCUGCUGCUGCCCUCUGGUGUUCAGACAGAGAAGGUGCUGCUGAAGGGAGGGGACCUGCGGCUCGAGUGUAUACCAGAGGGAUUUCCCACUCCGACGGUGAAUUGGAUGAAAUUGGGAGAGAAGCUGCCCCCGCGGACGACGUUCAACAACUUUGGAAAGCGGUUGACCAUCCCGGCUGUGGACGAGAGCGAUCAGGGGAAGUACAUGUGCACAGCCAGAAACUCUGCCGGAGAGGCUGUCCACUACUUUGACGUAAUCGUGGAAGAGCCGCCGAGGUGGCAGACAGGGCCUCCUCGGAGCCAGCUGACUGUGAUCGGGUCUGAUGUUCACGUCAAGUGCUCAGUCGGGGGGAAACCACCGCCAGACAUAACGUGGAGGAGGAACGGAGAAUUCUUCCAAGACGACCCGGCGGGCAGCAGGCGAGUGCUCGACGACACCGUGGUGCUCCACAACGCCAGGCCAGAGGACAGCGCCGUCUACCAGUGCGAAGCCUCCAGCGCUCAUGGCAGCAUUUUGGCCAACGUUAACAUCAUGGUCACGAAUGUGGCUCCUGUGAUAUUGACGAGCGACUACCGAGAGUAUGCUGUAAUAGUAGGCGGGGACGUCAUCAUGAACUGCAGUGUUUUCAGCUCUCCACCUCCAACCAUCUCCUGGGCCAAAGAUGGUUCUCCAGAAACUACCAAGGGAGAACGUUUUUUUCCUCUCCAGAACGGAGCGUUGCAAAUCAUCAGGGCAGAAAAAGACGACAGUGGAGAAUAUGUGUGCGCUGCCUUUAAUAUGAUGGGGGACUCAGCUGUCACUGCAGUGCUGGAUGUGAAAGACCCCACAAAAAUCGUAGCUCCACCUCGGGACGUGCAGAUCGUCAGCGGGACCACAGCCCAGUUGAUGUGUCAGGCGGAGCACGAUAAAAGCCUGCGGAGCACCUUUGAGGUGGUGUGGAGAAAGGAUGGGGAGGAGAUCCCACUUUCCUUUGAGGAAAACUCCAGAUACGUUGUGGACGACGGCAUGCUGCAGAUCAUGAACGUGAACCUGAGUGAUCAAGGAAUAUACUCAUGCAUUGCUAGAACCCUUCUAGAUGAGGACAGCGCCACUGCACUACUCACAGUACUGGAUGUUCCCGAUGCUCCAAGGAAUUUACAGCUGUCUGAACUUCAGAGCCCGAGGAACGUCUCCCUGUCGUGGGUCCCUGGGAUCGAUCACAACAGCUCUGUAACAGAAUUUAUAGUGGAGUACGAGGAGAGCCAAUGGGAGCCCGGCAGGUGGAGGGAGCUGCAGAAAGUCCCCGGUAACCAGGCAACAGCCGAGCUGGCGCUACACGGACACCUCAACUACCAGUUCAGAGUGUACGCCGUCAAUGCUGUUGGACCCGGACCCCCGAGUGAGCCCACUGAGAGAUACAAAACACCCCCUGCUGCUCCUGAUAGGAACCCAGAGAACAUCAAAAUUCAUGGCCAUCUUCCUCAUCAAAUGGAAAUUAGCUGGGAGCCGCUGUUGCCGGUCGAACACAACGGCCCAGGCCUUGAGUACAAGGUGAGCUACCGGAAGCUCGGGCUGGAAGAUCACUGGAAGGACCACCUGGUGAAGAGACACUCGUUUGUUGUGAGAAACACGAGCACGUUCGUCCCGUACGAGAUCGGGAUUCAGAGCAGGAACAGCCACGGCUGGGGACCUGAACCCAACGUCGUCACGGGUUACUCCGGAGAAGAUGUUCCCACCGCAGCACCGCAGGACGUAGCAGUGGAGGUGAUCAACGCCACCGUUCUGAGAGUUAGCUGGACCCCGGUCCCACCCGCCACAGUCAGAGGUCACCUUGGGGGCUACAAUGUGCACUGGUCGAGGAAGCGGAGUCUGCUGAAUCCCAACAGGGUGUUCGAUGACCGCCAGUCCCUGUCCUUCCCGGGGAAGCGGAGUAACGCCAUCGUGCCCGGCCUCAAACCUUUCGCCGAGUACAGACUCACCGUGAACGUUUUCAACAAGAAGGGCAAUGGGCCCAACAGUGACCCGGUCACCUUCAACACGCCAGAGGGAGUUCCUGAACAAGUGCCCAUACUCACCGCCUCCAAUUCCCAGAAAGACUCCGUUUUGCUGGUGUGGGGACCGCCCCUGGAGGCGAACGGCAUCCUCGUCGGCUUUCUCCUGAAGUACCACCUCAUUAAUGAGACCACACUUGAGGUGGUUGACUCCCGCGAGAUGAACAUCACCGGGGCAGACUCCACUCAGUGGCAGCUCCGGGGCUUGGAGGAGGGCAGCCUCUACCGCUUCCACGUCAGCGCCUGCACUCGGGCAGGUUGUGGACCUCCGCUGGCCCAUGAGAGCGCCACCAUCGCUCCAGAACAUUUGUCCCUGACUCCAGCUGUGGCCCCUAUUCAGAGCAGCCACAACUGCUCUCUCUCCUUCCCCGGCAACGCUGCUCAUCUUCCUCUGGUUCCGGUCCUGUUGAACAUAAGCUCAUACGUGAGUGACACCUUUGUCAAAAUCAGCUGGACUGCCAGAGAAGAGCAGCAGGACUCGCAGCUUUAUGUGGCUUACAUGAAUAACAGUGAUGGUUACUGGUGGAUUUCAGAGGCCGUGAACACUUCUCAAAGUUUCCACGUUAUUGACGGGCUCAGACCGGGGACGGUGUACACUGUGCGCAUCAUGGCCAAGGGACUGCUCGACAAUGCUAGCAUAUUCGAGGACGUUGUCCAGACUCGCGUCAAAGGUGUGGAAAGUCAGCAGAGCAACUUCUCGACCCAUGGCUGGGUCAUCGGGACCCUGUGCGCUGUGGCUCUCCUCACCCUUGUCACACUCAUGGCCUGCUUUGUGCGGCGAAACAAAGGUGGCAAGUAUGCAGGUACGCCACCGCCGCGCCAGCGACAAGACAUGUUCUCCAUGGAAAAAGUGAAAGAGAAGGAGGACCUCCACCCUGACGUCGAGUCACAAGGAAUGAAUGAUGACACCUUCUGUGAAUACAGUGACAGCGAUGAGAAACCACUGAAGGGCAGUAGCCUGUGUUCCCUGAAUGGCAAUGACACAGUCGGGGACAGCGUCAGCAGAGACAGCCUGGUUGACUACGCCGACGGUGAAGGGGAAUUCAAUGAGGACGGCUCAUUUAUUGGAGAAUAUUCCGGACACCGGCACAGAGGUUCUGUCAGCGAGCCCAAUAGAACCGGCCCAGUCGUUGCAUAAAGCCGGGCUCCAGAUCAAACAAUCCUUUCAAGGAACUUUUUUUUCUUCAAAUUCCGCUUCCCUGGCAUUAAAUAUAGGUCAAAUAAUCAAACACGGAGGAAUAAAAAUGACUCAAAUGCGCAGCAGACAAGUUUUACCCGAAGACUGGAAAGGACAGUAUAUACCCGUCAUACACAUCAGUGUGAAAACCAUGUGAGUCUUUGUACAUACUGUAAGAGAAUGGACAGUAUCAUGUUUUUUUUGAAUGAUUUUAUUAAUGAUAAUAAAGUGUUUUUUCUACCUAAUAAUA